UGCAUUUUCUUUGGGCCUUAGUGACUCACUGAAUCCAUGAUGGUUGGGAAGUCGGCAAGAAUGUGCAAGAGGAGACGCUGCUAAUGUUGAAGGUGUUCUUGGCUGGGCUUUUCCUUGCGAUCCCGUCGCUAGUCCUAGCGCAGGGCACCUUGCAGGCUCAACCAGCGGAAGUUGAGAUAUGCUACAAUCGCAAGCAGAAGAACCUGACAGUUGAUCCCUACUGUGGCAGGAGGUGGGCCGUGAUCAAUGCUCAAGUUAUCAGAGAAUUCUGGGAGGUUCACGAGCUGGAGUUCUAUUGGGAUAGCCAGUGCACACUGCCUUUCCCUCAAGGACUUGCGAUAGCAUCGUCAGUGAUCAGUUCUUUCCCAGACAACAACGAGAAAAUGGCCUGGGACCAGAACCUCCUCACGAAGUGGUCAGCAAAUUGCAGACAAAUUCUUGGAGGUUGUAGCCCAUAUACGCAAUGGGUAGGCAAAAACAUUGGUGAUUCAAUCCCUUUGAACAAAGAGCCAGUGGAAAAGUUUGCUCAGGUUCGCUGCACGAGAAUUUAUCAAUCUCCGAAUGCAACUCGACAGUCCUCCAAGAUUGGGAUUGUUACAUGGGAGAAUGAGAGUCUUUUGAGUUGGCAUGUCAUAUAUGACUACGGUGACUUAGCAGGCGGAGCCUGGCAUACCAGGCCAGCUCGUGAGGAAUCGCUUUGGAGGAUUUGGAAUUUAGAUCCGAUGCCAAGACCGUGGCAAGUGGCAGAAGUGAUGUUCUUUACUGAUCUAUUUUGUGAAGAGGACAAGCAGGCUUUUGGAACUCCGAUCUCGAAUGGUGCAUACUUCGAGGACACCUGCAUCCAGGAUAGGACCUGUGAUCAGUAUGUUGCAAGGAAGGCCUUUGAUGGCAUCAAGAUGCCGGGGUAUCGACUGCCAAGAUUAGAAGGGACAUGGAUUGCCAACUGCGACUUCUGGAACGGAUGUGCGGCCAAAUCCGUUUGGAUUGGUUUGGAUUUUGAUGUUUUGCCAAAGAGAGUUCGAUGCAUUCGUAUCAAUCAGCCUGUGCACGAAGGGUUCUAUGAAGGAUGGGGAACACCGCACUUUACCUCUAGGAUUUUGUUGCAAAGUUGGGAUGGCUUCAAGUGGGAGGACCGGACGGUGUUUUCUGGUUUGGGUCAGGGAGGCUGGAAUGACACGAUGCCAGAAACACACACUGCCUGGCGAAUUGCCAACUUUGACCGGAUUCUGCAAGACUGGAGGGUCUACGAGCUCGAGUUUUAUGACAAUGAGGAAUGUGCUGGUCGACCCAAAACGGGCGAGUCAGUGAAUAGCAACCCUGCAUUGUUGUCUGAUGCUCAAGAAGUGGCCUGCUGGACAGAUCUUGGCAGUUGUGCCAACAAUGCUUUUGAUGGCAAAAUUGUGACGGGCUGGCAAUCUUCAUGUUCCCCAUGUGACCAGCGGAGUGCGUGGAUUGGCCUUCGCUUUCCGAUGGCCACCGAGAUCAAGUGCUUUCGUCUCCUGCAGAGCGAGAACGUGGAACAUCGCACCGAUGCGCUCGAGCUCGCUGAGUGGAUGGGGGAUGCCUGGGAGACCCGACGCUUCGAGUCAGGCGUUGGAGGUGGAACAUGGAAUCGACGCCCCAGCGGCGUUUCGACCAUGUGGCGCUUGCUGAACAUAGUUGAAACAGAUCGUCCUUGGACAGUCACUGGCCUGGCGUUCUAUGCAGAUGAAGGAUGCAACAUUCCUAUUCAUGGAAAUCCCAUUACCAAUGGCAACGAGUUGCUAUAUCCUUCAGCCGAUGCUUUUGAUGAUCAUAUUGAGACUCAGUGGAUUACUAGUUGCACUCCCGCCUUCACAGGUCACCUAGGCUGUAUGGCCAACGCAGCCUGGCUUGGCUUGCAGAAGCAGGAGGCCUUCACAGUCUACUGCAUUCGCCUUUAUCAAACACGUGAACGCAUGAGACAAGCCUCGACAGCUGUUCUGCAAGUUUGGGAUGGCCUGGUUUGGACUCCUUCCAGGGAGCACCCAAUCUUCACUGAGCUUGGAGGUGGUGCAUGGCAAGUGUUGCCGGGCUUGCGCGCGUCGAUGUGGCGGGUCUUGGCGGACCCGAGGCCCGGCGGUCAUGGGGUUGGCAUCAGCGAGAUCACCUUCUAUCGAAAUUCGGAUUGCACGAACCCCAUCAUGGCUUCUAUACCGAACAUCAUGCCAAUUUGCUCGGGCUAUGCCACCUCCCGUGAAGUUGGAGAUAAAACAGGAUACACCAAUCACUAUUCGAAGAUGGGAGAGCUGGUCAGUGCAGAUCCCAUGAUGGCUUUUGAUGGAGAACUGCACACUUUUUGGGCUGACAUCGCCGGAAGCCGCGCAUGGCUUGGCUUGGACUUCUCUUCGCAAGUUGCAGAUGUUCAAUGCAUCAAGGUGGCCUUCCCGGGAAUUCGAUCAUUGCAACCGGCAACAGGGGAGCUGCAGGGGUGGAAUGGGAACACCUGGAAAUCUUUAAAUGCGCCAACAAACAAUGUCUUCAAUGUGGACUCGGUUCUUCUGCUGCCAUUACGAGACUUGGGAGGGCAAGGGUUCCAAAGAAGGCCUGCCCCUGUCUACUCAAUCUGGAGACUGCAAAAUGGUUACGGUAUUUCAGCAUGGAAGGUCUUCGAAUUAGAAUUCUACACCGACCUUGCUUGCCGUGGAGAUCCAGUCGUGGGCGAGCCCAUCAGCUCAGCUGAAGAUGCAACUCUAGCGGAUGACUUUAGUGGCCAUCGCAAUCCACACAAAGCAUUUGACAAGGACAUACUUACUUUCUGGGAGGCACACUGUAUCAACGGAGUUUGCUCCGCAGGGGAAGCCUGGCUUGGUCUCGAUUUGGAUGGAAUAGGGCGAAUCGUCCGAUGUAUCCGCAUCAAGCAGAGCGGUGUGAGAACUCAGUCGGUGAGGAGCAUGACCCUUGCUGCUUGGACUGGCAAUUCGUUCGAACCACAGAGUGAGUUCCACGGGAUAGGUGGAGACACCUGGAAUCGUCGCCCAGUUCCUCCAGACACCAUGUGGCGUGUGGGAUAUGCUGAACGGUCUGAGAAGGUUUGUGUAGGUGCGCAAGAGAGGGGAUGGCACAGGUCUUGGGGUGUCAGUGAGGUGAAAUUCUUUGCAGAUGAUGAUUGCUCCCAGCAGCUCCCGGGGCCCGAUGAGGAUGGUGUAGAUGUGGUUGCCAGUGGCACUCGUGAAGCCGGCAUUGCUCCGCUCAGUGGCACAGGACCACACUUGGCCUUUGAUGGAAAGGAUGCAACCACUUGGACUGCUCAAUGUGGAGCUGGUAGUCGAGCCAAUGAGGAAGCCGAUUGUCGUGCAGGUUUGGAAUGGGUCGGUUUAGACUUUAGUCGCAAGUUCGAAGGUCUUCCGGUCACGGUCCGAUGUGUGAAGCUCACUCAGUCCCGUAGCUCGGCCAGUGACUGCUGCGACCCGGCCAAGACGGUGACCUUGGAACGUUGGAAUGGCACGGAUUGGGCGCCAGCCACGUGGCGACACGUGGCAGAUACCGGUGAAGUCUUUACCAUUGAAGCAGUCUUUAAGAAUGUGGCGCCAUGUCCUACCUUGAGUCCAGAACAAGUCCAGCUAGCACAGAGCGGACAACUCUCCAGCGCCAUUGCUUUAGCACCUGUCAUUGAGAGCAGGAGUCGCAGACAAAGUGAUGUUUGCGAAAUCCCCAAUCCGGGGUCCGUCAAGUUGAUGGCAGAUCGCUUCUGUGAUAAGCAUCCCGUGUGCGGUCAGGCGGGCUUUGUCGGAAACUGUUGCCCCAUUGAAGAGGGCACCUCCCGCUGCUGCUGCAACUACAACGUGAACCAGAAGGUUUUCGAGGAUGAGCUGCUGGAUGAGAAGAUUGCAGAAGAAGCAAGGGCUGGAGCGGGUGUAGGCUUUGAGCUCAUCAUCAUUCAGUCUGCGACAGUCUUGCCCUUCAUCGGAGUGAUGGCAGCAAUGCUUUUCCUCAUAAUCUACACAAUCCCAAAGCCUGCAGCCCAAGCGGAUGGCACAAUCACCUGCCCAGAAAGGAUAUGGUAUCGCAUCUGUGGCCCCACUCACAGGUGGCUCCAAGGAGGUGGCUUGAUACCGACAAUUCUGUUGCAACUGGUAAGAAGGACUCCACUGGAUCGUAGCUGGACGCUGGUUCUGAAGAGGAUUUUACUUCUGCUGCUGGGCUUCCUGGUUGGCUCUAUGCUGAUUUGGGCGGUCUUGUCCUACAUCUUUUCGGAGAUCUUGACCAGGGUUGUGUUGGCCUGCAGUUUCUUCAUCCGCUGGUCCAAGUCGCGAUAUCAUCCCAAGAAUCCAGCUCAACGGAAGCGUAUGGCUCUCGUCUUGGGCUUGCCACUAGGAGAUCCUGAAGGCGGUGCCGUUCUCCAGAUCAAGCCACCCAACGUGGCUGCGAUCAUCUUCGCCUUCUGUGAAACCGUGGUGCAAGGUCUUUUGGGUCUCGUCCAAGCCAUGUUCGAUGUCAUCAUCAUCAGGUUUGCCUUCAUGAGCAUAGGGGCCGUCGAUUUGAGACUCUCAGUCCUCGAUAUUGUGAUCCAGGUACCAAACCCUGGUAUCGACUUGUCUGGCGUGGCAACUCUCCUCUACGAGGUCGCGUCGAUCUUCGAGAGAUUUUACCUGGCCUUGCUUGCCACCAUGUUUAAUGGUACCCCUCGCUGCGAAGGACCAGUCGUAAUUCUGUCUUCAUGCUUCCUUAUUGUCAUUGCGCUUCUGAUGGUGCGCUGGUUGAAUUAUGACUUCUUUGGCCUUCUCACUGCUGCUAAGUACAGCGCGCAGAAGACCCGGCCCACCUUCCAGAAAACAAUGGCUGUUGGAGCGACUGUGGGGGUUCAGAGUGUUUUCUUCAUUGGUAUGCAGAGCCUGAUGCUGGUUUGUACCAGAUCGUUGAGCCUCAUUGAAUUUGACCCCUUCAAGGAAAGCACAGGGUACACAUGUCCUUAUCCAGACGACUACAUCUCUGUCAUGACUGGUAGAAUGUUCCUUUUGGUCAUGGCUUUGAUCAUUGCGAUCAUCACUUUCCUUUGUGCCAAUGGGCACUUUAUGGGCCAAGAGUAUAUUCUACGAGACUUUGGCAAGCAGGUUGAUAUGAAUUUGGGCAAGCUGGACCCUGACAAGAAGUUGGACGGUGGGAGUAUUAUCCGAACGCAGCAAUUCUUCAGCAUGAUCCCAACCACACUGGGUAUUUGGAUCGAUGGAUGGAACGUUAAGGGACUCUUGCUGAAGGAACGCGCGAUGGUCUAUGCCGAGGAGUUACGAGUGCCAACAAUCUGUCCUGACUGUGGAGUUGCCCACGUUCCCUAUUUCGAGCUGAUGAAGGCUUCAGGAAGGCAGCUUAGCUUGGCCUACCAGAUCUUCCCCUUUGGUGCAGUGAUCGGAAAGGCGUGUGAACGUUUCAACAACCCGCCGCUGGUGUAUUGGGGAACUCAGCUGAAGUGCUUGAAUGCCAAGCCCACUGUGGACGGAGUGAAGUCCAUGGAGGGCAGGAAGAUGACGGGUGCUCAGGCAGCCAAGUACAAGGCGCAGCUCUCAAUGGCCAUGAUGAAGGAUAGAGGUGCACCCGGUCUACAAAGAGUGGCAGCAGUGGCCAUGUAUUUCCUCAUGCUCUAUUUCACGGUGAUGUUGACUGACGAGAAUGUGGCUGAAAUGGCCUUACAAAUGUUUGAGCUCUUGACUCUUGUUGCAUACUCCAAGGCUGUUUGUGAGGUGCUGCUGCCAGCUCUUUGCCUUGCUGUGGUGGGGGCGCUUUUGGUCGCAUCUGCGGUAGCUGCCAAGAAGGCGGCGAAGGCUGCAGUGCAACCCUACCGCAUCUCACCGGUCAUUGGCCAGGUGCUGCAUGGGGUGACUGUGGGCUAUUCCUUUGCGUAUUUCCUGCUGGAGGAGCCUGGAUUGGGAGGCAACAUGGGUAUUACUGCCUUUAUUGGCCUCUCAGUGGGUGGAGCACUCUCGGUUCUCUUAGCCAUGGUCUCCUACGCGUUGGAGCUGUGUGACAACUGUGAUCUGGCCGGUGGCCUCAUCAAGGUCUUUGUGGCUGGUGUGGAAAGUGUUGGUGCAGCCAGGGUCUUUACCAGUCGCCUGACCACCACAACUUUCUACCUGGCAAUGGCCAUGCUUGCUGUGGUUUUGGUACCUGGCACGAAUCUGGCCUUCCGAAAGACGCCCGCAAAUCACGACGGUUCUCCGGGCGAAAGCAGCUUGUACCCCUUGCUGGCGACCUGCCGAAUUAUGUCGGGGCCUUUUGGAGUCAUUGCGGGAGUCUACGCUGGCCUCCUGUCAAAUGAUCUCUUGACUGGGAACCUCAACACGGAACUAUGCUUGCUACUCUCGGUGGCCAUCGCCUACGUGGUAGGCAUGGCCUACGGCCUAGCCACAGACAAGAUGUUGGAGAGGCCAGCAGGCAAAUGGAGUGUGGGUGCUGGGACUUUGGCUGCCCUCAGCUGUGGCCUCCUCUUCCACUGGGCAAUUGGUGUGGCUGUGGGCUCCGUUGUUGGGAGUGUGACCGGAGCCCUCAUCGAGCGCCGUGUGAUGAAGGAGAUGGAUGCUACCUGCAUGGAACCUCCGCGCUUCACCAAAGCUCAUGUGGACACUGCCAGCCCGUCUACAGCGGCUGCACUUCUGCCUCUUCGGUGCUGCCAACCGUGGGGACUGGGGCCCACCUCGAACCAGCUGGCAGCUAUGCGGGAUGACAAGGCAGAAGGGACAGCCGUGAUUCACACGAACCUGCCCACGCUUUGCAGGGCAACCACGCCGGGUCAAUUGCCAGGAGCAGAUCCAGGUUGGGAUACAUGGAAGCAGAAGGAGAUGCAGGAUGAGCAGACGGCACUGGCCGAUGAGCAGACUCAAGCGCUGCAAGAUGAGAGGCCUGGUGCGCUCGAAGACAGCCGUGCCGAAGAACAGGACAGCUUUCCUCCAGAAGACCAGGACAGCUUCGCUGAAGCUCACCAUGAUGUUACAUACGACACCUUCGCCACAGAGCAAACACAGAACUUGGGCACGUCACAAGCCAGCUGGAACUCCUAUGGAGAUGUGCCACAAGGAGCUGGUGCGUGGCACCAGAGCCAAAGACCAGCGAAACAGGAAAGAAAGCGGACUUCGUUAGCAGCCUCAGCGCAUAAUGCCAAGGGCAAGUCUCAAAUCCCACCACCUGGCCCGCGUGCGGUUUGGGGGGGAGCUGCUGGCCCCGGUGCCAGCACUGAGAAGAGUGCCGUGGGCGAGAAGAGCCAUUCGGCACAGGUGGCACCUGCUCCGGAUGCCAGUCCGUCUGAGGAGCAGUGACCCGCAAUUUCAAAUAAUUUCAAUAUGUCUUUCCAUAUGCGAGAUGGUCGAAGUUGUGAAGAUC